ACAAAACGUAUAACAAGAAAACCUAAUAAAUGCAAAGCUAUUAAUAUUUUGCCAAACAUUGUAUUCAAUGCCGUAGCUACAUUUCCCCACCCACCUCCCCAAAACACCAAAAAAAUAAAUACACCAAUAAUAAUCUCUCCAUCACUCUUUUUUGCCAUCGACGCCAAUCCCACAUGGCCCUAACCUCUUUCUUCACCAUCAAAUGUCAACCGCCACCCUCGUCGUCUUCCCUCCUCCACCUCCUGUCCCUAUCCCUACCUAUAUAACUAGCCUCGGCCUUGGCUACUCCAUAGCCAUAGCUCUAGGUUUCCUCGUUCUUAUCUCCACAAUCAUUCUCUCUUCUUACAUCUGUUGCCGCGCCUCACGCCUCCGCUUCUCUGCCUCCGCCGCAAACGCAAACGCAAACGCAUCGUUUAGCGACCGUGGCGUUAUCGUCCCAAGAAUCAUAUUCGUAGCUGAAGACGACGAUCUUGAGUCUGGAAACGUCGUCGUUGGAGGUCUUGAUCAUUCAGUCAUCAACUCUUACCCUAAAUUCCAUUUCACUAAAGAUAUCACCGCCGUAGUAAACGGUGAUGGGUUUCACGACGGAGAAGGAAGAGAGACGACGUGUUCGAUCUGUUUAUGUGAGUACAUGGAAGAAGAGAUGUUAAGGAUGAUGCCUGAGUGUAAACACUACUUCCAUGUUUAUUGUCUUGACGCUUGGCUUAAGCUCAAUGGUUCUUGUCCCGUUUGUCGGAAUUCUCCACUUCCGACGCCGCAAUCUACGCCGCAGUCAACUCCUUUGUCGGAAGUUGUGCCGUUGUCUCAAUACGCCGCCGAUCGGAGGAGAUCCAGAAGAUAAAACAUUUCUUUUUUUUGCUCCGUGGCAUUUAUUAUUAAAUCUUUUUUUCUUGGUAUAAUAUAUAAUUUAUUGAUUUGCUUUACAUACUCUUUGUCAUGUAAUUAAGUUUGUAUCAAACAAACAAACAAAAAGUUCACUGUUGCAUUCAUCUUCUUAUAUUUUAGCUAAUCGAGAUUUGGACUACAAAGUCAAGUCAAAUAUGUAGUUAAUCAAAUUAGAUUAGAUUAAUUGUCGGAGAUGAAUGUCUCUAAAGAUGGGAACAAAUUAGUUGGAAUUUGAG